AUGGCGCUGGAUCCACGUUUUUACCACCACAUUGGCUUGGCCGGGCCUGGUUCGAUCUCAUCCGCCACUUCAUCCGAUUCCUCCGCCCUCACCGGCAUCACGUCGCCAAGUGUGAUAUCCACCUCCGCCUCCGCCGCCACUCUACGAUCCACCGCAUCCAGUCCCUCCCUUCGCGCCCGAGAAGGUGUAUCUCUGGCGGGUCGUCAGGAUGCCAUGUCCAGUCCGACGCCUGGAGGAGGAAAUGUGCGCGUCGUAGUGCGCGUGCGCAAGUUCCUCCCAAGAGAGAUUCAACGCCAGGCAGAAUGCCUAAUUUCUAUGGACCCUCACACGCAAAUGACUCGUUUAGCAGCACCGAAACCCAGUGCAGACGAUCUCGGAAAGCCGAAAUCACAAGCGCGAGGCAAAAUUCUCGAAGACAAGUCUUUCACAUUCGAUAAUUCGUUCUGGUCGCAUGACGAAGAAGACGAACAUUUUGCUCAACAAGAGGAUGUAUACAACUGUCUGGGAGAGGAGUUUCUGGAUCACAAUUUUGAGGGAUACCAUACGUGUAUCUUUGCAUAUGGGCAGACUGGAUCCGGCAAAAGUUACACGAUGAUGGGGACACCCGAGCAACCAGGAUUGAUUCCCCGUACCUGCGAAGAUUUGUUCCAGCGCAUCGAAGACUCGCCUUCACCCGAUAUCAGCUACAAUGUCCGAGUAUCAUAUUUCGAGGUCUACAAUGAGCACGUACGAGAUCUAUUGGUCCCCCGAACAGACCCUCCGCAUUACCUCCGCAUUCGAGAAUCACCAUCCGAAGGCCCAUACGUUAAAGACUUGACAGAAGUUACGGCAAGAAAUUACACCGAAUUAAUGAAGUUUAUGCGCAAAGGCGACAUGUCCCGUACUACGGCGAGCACCAAAAUGAACGAUACUUCUUCUCGAUCGCAUGCUGUUUUCACCAUUACACUCAAACAGAUUCACCAUGACCUUUCAACGGACGAGACAACUGAGCGCACUGCGCGCAUUCGACUGGUCGAUCUUGCCGGGUCCGAGCGUGCGAAAGCGACUGAAGCAACAGGUGCAAGACUCCGCGAAGGCUCUAAUAUUAAUAAAUCGCUCACAACACUCGGUCGUGUUAUCGCCGCUCUAGCGGAGACGAAGAAACCCCGCGGAAGAAAGGGCAAGGAGCUUGUUCCUUAUCGUGAUUCCAUUCUUACCUGGCUAUUAAAGGACAGUCUGGGUGGAAACUCAAAAACAGCCAUGAUUGCGUGUAUUGCGCCAGCCGACUAUGAAGAAACACUUUCCACAUUACGAUAUGCCGACCAAGCUAAGCACAUUCGCACUCGCGCUCGGGUGAACCAAGACCACGUCUCUGCAGCAGAACGUGAUGCGCAAAUCGCCGAGAUGGCCGAAACAAUUCGGAACUUGCAGCUGAGUGUGAGCCAGGCUACAGAGCACCAGCGUGCCAGCCAAAUGCAGGAUGAGAAACUUGACGAGUACCAACAAAAAGUGGAGAAGAUGCAACGCCUAAUGGAAGAGACCAAGAUGGUCAGUGACUGCAAGAUCCGCCAGCUCCAAACCGAGAACGAGGCCUUGCGCAUGCACCUGAAGCUGGCCCUUGAGAGCCUCAAGAACCCGAUCCCGCCCAUCACUCUGGCUCAGCGACGAACUAGUCUAAUUUCAUUAGCGGAAGAGAACCAGCCGCCCCACGAAGAGCCUGUGUCGCGUGAAGGAUCCCCUGUUAUUCCUUCUGAUUCUGAACCUGACGUCUGGGAAGAUGAGGAGGAUGACGAUGAUACAAUAACCUGGGAAGAUGAGGAUGGGGAAGCACACCAGAUGCAGUCGCGUAUGGAAGAUCUCCUUGGUGAUCUCAGCAUGUUUAAACGCAAGCUGGCAUCAGAUCAUGAGCGUUGGCAACGCCAUGAACAGUCAAAGCCUACUAAUACGCCCAAACGGCGUGCCUUGAGUUCUAUUGCACCAAAUAAUCGCUAG